AUGCCUCCCCCAGAAAGUGUGCCGUCCCUUAUGGACGAUAGCACUAGUUUCGACCUCAUUGCGCAUGGACACCGCGACGUGGUGCAAGCCGUGACAUUCAACGCGUACGGCGACCGAUGCGCGACGGGCUCGGUCGAUGGCAAGAUCCGCGUCUUCAACCGCCAGAAAGACGGCAUAUGGCGCAUGUGCGAUCAUUGGGAUGCCCACAGCGGAGAGAUUCUAGAGCUCCAGUGGCUAGCACCCACAAUCUACCCUAACAUCCUCGCAUCGCUCGGCAUCGAAGGCCGAUUCAAACUCUGGGCCGAAGACGACACAGCUGCGCCAGGCCGCCGGUUUAGUUCACGUGGCGGUGGUAGUAACGGCAAAGCCGCUUCGGAGACAAGAUCUGGCAAAUACCCUUACCGAUCAUUUUCGAUCAAGCACAACGAGGAGACGCGCUUCACGUACUUCGCACUAUUGAAUGCCGAUGGAAUGCUCACUGUCCACGAGAGCGAGGAGCCCGAGUCCCUGGCCGACUACGGCAAGAUCGAUGAGUUCCAGGCGCUGCCCAAGCCGAGUCGUGGCGAGGAGACCUGCUUCAAGGUCCGCUUCGAUCCGAAUCCCGACCCCUGCUAUACCGCCUUGAGAGCUGGCGUACCUACUGAUGCACUGAGCUUGGUGGUUUCUGGAUUGAAUACCGUGAGAAUCUUCCGUACUCGCGACACCGUCGCUGGAAGCUUCGGUGCUGUGACGAGCAAGAAGGAGUUCUACCUUGCGGCCGAGAUCACCGGACAUACGGGUUUGGUGCGUGAUGUUGCCUGGGCACCGGGAAAUUUCCGCGGGUACGACAUUAUUGCGACAGCUUGCCAAGACGGGUUCGUCAGGGUGUUCCGAAUCGACACGCCUUUUGCGAAGGACGACGGCAGAUCGUGGUCUACGGCCGACCUUGUAAAGAAGGAUAGGAAGGAUGAGGAUCAGGCAGCCGCGAGAACCCGAAAGGAACGAGGACAGGCGCACGCUCUCUCAGGCAUAAGAGCCGAGAUCGACAAGUCGGGAUCCCACGCCGAGCGCAAUGCGACCGGCCAGCCGGGACUGGUUGAACACAAGGUCAAGGAAUUGUCUAAGCUUGAUAGCCACCGCUCGCCCGUCUGGAGGGUUGGAUUCGACGAUGAUGGUCAGAUCUUGGGCAGUGUAGGAGAUGAGGGCAAGCUGAUGUGCUAUCGACAAAAGCCUGAUGGACUGUGGGCCAAGAGCUCCGAGUUGGGCAUGAUGAAGACGAAAAUGGUCGCGCCUUCAUAA